CUAUGCCCAUCUUACUGUUCCUGAUAGACACGUCCGCCUCUAUGAACCAGCGCAGCCAUCUGGGCACCACCUACCUGGACACGGCCAAAGGCGCGGUAGAGACCUUCAUGAAGCUCCGUGCCCGGGAUCCAGCCAGCCGAGGAGACAGGUAUAUGCUGGUCACUUUCGAAGAGCCUCCCUAUGCUAUCAAGGCUGGAUGGAAAGAAAACCACGCCACGUUUAUGAAUGAACUGAAAAACCUUCAAGCUGAAGGACUUACGACUCUUGGCCAAUCCCUAAGGACAGCUUUUGAUUUAUUAAAUUUAAAUAGAUUAGUAACUGGCAUAGACAACUAUGGGCAGCUGCUGCUUAUCAAUUUGAGGAUCAGACAAGACCUCUUUUGGAGCCUGGCAACACCAUUCUCUAAUCAGCGAUGGUUCGAUAUGGAGUAAUCAAGUUGCUCUAUUAAAACAUUCCAUGAGACUGCUGGCCUGAGAAAUAAAAGAUGUGCCUAAGACCCAAGAGGUUCAGUUGUUACCUGGAAGUGCAUUCCACUCCUACCACAGGGAUCUGUUAUAGUUAACAUCUGCCCUUGCUCUACUCAGCUUCCAUGAACUAUGACUGCUAGUUAGGACUGUUCUCUCCCACUUUGUUUACAAACUAAAUUUAUAGGAGGAACAUAGCUGAAUUCAGUUGAAGUAUUUUUUUUGGUAACCUGAUAGGGAAAAAUAAUAUGCAUUUCUCAUAAGGCUGUUAUGCUAAUUAAAAAGAUGAAUCUCAAAAUGAAGUUUGAGAACAUAACCUUCAACAUAAUCUUCCUUUUCAGAAUCCUCUCUUUAGAUGUAUUGUGGGGCGGUCCUCUCUUUUUUUUAAAAUACCUGUUUUAGACUAGUCUCUGCUCCCUGCCCCAGUUAACUAUUUUUUUAGCUAAGGAUUUGUAAGUUUGGCAUUGAUUGGUGCUGUGAGAGGGCAAUGAUUUUUUGGGUGCCUUCUUAAUAUGGUAGUAUGUAACAUAACAGAGCAAGGACUCAAAAUUCAUUUAUUUGAAUAUAUCACCCUAUUACAUGUUUGAAGUUGUUGGCUUUUGGAAAAACUAUCAGAUCCCUUAUUCAUCACAUUUCAUCAAUUCAAGUGAAUAAGCUAUUUGAAUAUUUAAUUUCUUAGAUGUAAGAAAGACUAAUUUCUAUCUUGCUAUUUCUAGAUACAACACAUUAGCAUUUAAACUCAAACUUGAUGAUAAAAGUUUUGGGAGUAUGAUGGUAUUUCUGUAUUUGGUAUAGCUAGGAUAGCUUGAGGUGAAGUGAAUUUUAGCAUGUCUGAAUUUUGUAGGGAUAUAGGGCAUUGAUAUAGUUGAGUUUUACAGUUGUAGUCCUAUUUUAAACAAUAAGCAUGAAUUCAAGAGUAAUGAAGUCUUCUUACAUACUCAGGUACUUUCUCUUGAUGAUUGAUGAGAGGUCAGCUUGGCCUCUCAAUGGCUUUAGUAGAUCCUAUCAGGGUUAGAAGGCUUUUAAAUACUGGCCAAGUUAUGGACUUUAUUUUUAAUUUUCAGAAGCCAACCUUAAGUUGGUGAACUCAAAAGAUAAAACUGAUUAAGGCAUGUGAUUUGUGGAGAGUAUCUUGUCUCCCUGUUGGAUUCUAGAGUUUUGAGUAGAUUCAAGAAGUUUAUGUAAAUGUUUUUAUAUUGGACAUUUAUAUUCAAGUAGCUGAAAAAAACUUUUAAAUAAAAACUUAGCUAAUUAGCAAUUUUAGGGAAUAAUGAAGUAAAUAAGUUGGCCUCCUCAAAAGAUUUUCCUCAGACACAUUUAAUUUCCAGGCUAGAUAAGUAAAGAUUCUAGGUUUCCUUUUUGCCUGGGUACCUUUAUUUAUACCUCAAGUCAAGUAGGUCCAUGAAAAUUGUGAGGGAAAUUAAGAUUUCUGGAACUCUAGCAAACCUUAAAUUAGGCAGGUGUGUAAUUAGUCAGCUAGCUCAAAUAUGGAAAAAUGUAACUAAACUGAGAGUUUUUACUUGGUAGAUGAAAUCUACUAUGAAACAUUUUUACUUUUCACCAAAACUGGUUAUAUAAAUUAAGAUUUUGAGCUAGAAGAUCUUUGGGAUCAUCUUUUUUAAGGCUUAUUUUGCAGAUGAACAAAACAACCCCAAAAUAAGCUGCCUGUGGCCUUAGGCAGUAAGUGACAAUAUCAGAAUUCUUAUAUGUCUUUGGAUAACAACUAAUGCUUGUGUAUAUGCACAUAUAUAUUGAAGCAAAAAUAUGCUGUAUUUUUGUGAUUUGAAUCAAAGAACUGUUGCAAAUCUUUUUUUCCACCAUUACCCAUUUUGUCGUAUUGGAAGGUUUGAUUAGUUGUAAAAGUAGAACACCUUUUGUGGUGUUGAUCAUUGGAAAAUCUAUAGGCACAUAUUGUGGAAUUGAAACUUUUAAGGGAAUGUGGAAUAUUUCUUACUGAUAAUCCCUAAAAUACUUCUGUCCAACGCUUUACAAAUAAUAUGUACUAAGCACCACUACCAUCCACAGUUGAACAUACUUUAUAAGAAAAAAUGAACUCACUCAAUCGGAUAUAUUUUUCAGUUCAGGUAAGAUUUUCCAAAUGUGAAACUACAGUGAUGAACACAUUUUUGUUAGCUACUUAUAUAGCAGCAUCUUAAUUGAAAGUAUAAUGAGGGCAGCUAGAUGGUUCAGUGGAUAGAGCACCAGUCCUGAAUUAGGGAGGAUCUGAGUUCAAAUCCAGUUUCAAUACUAUCUAGCUGUGUGACCUUGGGCAAGUCACUUGCCCCCCCCCCCCACAGAAAAAGUAAUGAUACUGCACAUGCACUUAAAGAAAGCAUCUUUUUGAGAUGAAUUUUAAACUAAAAAUAUUUUUUAGAAAUACUUUCAAAAGAUAUACUUUCUAUAUAUUCCCUUUAAAGAUCUGUGUCUGCCUUAAAAUAUGAAAAGCUGACAUGUUUAAAACUUAAAAGGUCUAAGUUAAAAUGUAUUUUAAUCCUUAAUUUUCAUAGUCUCAUUUGUUAGUGAAACAUUUAAAAAAAUUCUAAGCUAUAUUAGCUUUUCAUUUUUUAUUUUGAAGCUAUUCUCAUCAGAAAUUUGACAUUUCUAUCCCUGAUUUGCUUUCUUUUUUCAUUCCUUUAACUAGAAAAAAUAAUCUGUUUAUGUACGAAGUAUAAUUUGCCUGCUUAAUUAACUAUUACACUAUUAAUGCUUGUCUUUUAUUCAUUAGCUAAUGUAGUGGAUAGGAAACUCUGGUCAGCUUUGGAAUUUGGAAGACUCAGAUUCAGAUUUUACCUUUAAUGCAAACUGUGGGCAAAUCUUUUAACCUUAUAAUCCAUCCAAGAAACUCUUAAAUCCCUCUACUUCUAUCUCUGUAUCUCCCUUUCUCCCAUUCUCUCUGCCCCUCUGUCAUGUGUAUAUAUAUAUAACAUAUACACACAUAAAAAUUAAAAGUGUCAUUGGUGGAGGGAGUUGUCACUGUAGAAAUCACAGGAUUAUUAAAAAAAUUAAUGAGCUUUGAUAGACCUGUUAUAUAAAUUGAUGAUAAUUUUGCCUAUUGUAAUUGUUAGAUAUUUAAGGUGAAACUAUAUUAUUCAGCCUCUUUUAAGUUAGCCAUUUGGAAAAAAAAUACAUGUAUAUAUGCCUCAUGUAUUUAAUGUCUAAAAAGUCUUAGUUUUCAUUUCAAUAUUAAUUUUUCCAUUUGUUGAUGAAAUGGUAGAAUUUAAUAUACUGAAAUAGAAGAAUCUUUAGGUAGAAUUACUUCAUUGGAUAUUUUAUUCUCCUGUUUGGUUUAAAAAUCCAUUUAUAUGAUGUAUAAUUUUAUCUCUAAACAUGAAAUUGAACUUUGAGGAAGUAUCCAUUCUUGUCAAUGUAACUUCCACUUUUGAAGUACUGAAACCCUGCGCUUAUGCUGCAGCCUUUUUGUUCCUUUAUAUAGUCACAUGAAUUUUCUCCAGACGUGAUUUUUGGAUCUAGAAAGUGGGUUUUCUCACUACUAGUAGUCAGUAUGAUGAGAAUGCACUGUCUCUAUGGGCUUUGGAGGUUGGAUUUUUGCCCCAGCUUUCAUUGAUUUAUGUGACUUUAGCCAAUUAACCCUUCUGUUCCUCAACUUCAUCCACUAUAAAAUGGAGAUAAUGCUGCCUGCUCUACUUACCUCAUGCGAUUAUUAUGAGAAUCGUGGAAGAAUCAAUAUUUAUUUCAGAGUAUAAAGUACUAGAUUGUAAGGCAAGGUCCUGGAUUUAGAGAUGGACUAGUCCAACCCCUUUAUCACACACACACAUAUAUACUAAAAAGGAACUAAAGCUCAACCAGAAGUGAGAAGAGGAUACUUUGGCAAGUAGCUGAGCUGGAAUUUUCCCCAAUUCUUAAAUCUCUCCCCCUCCCCCCCCCCAUCCCAUCUCCCUUUUCUUCUUCCCUCUCUUCCCUUCCCUCUAUCCCUUUCUCUCCCUCCUUUUAUUCCCUCAGUCUCUCCCUCUUUCCCUUUCUUUCUCUCCCUUCCCCCCUCUUUCUCCCUCCUCCCUUCUCCCUCUCUCUCCUUCCCUUUAUAUCCCACAUUCUCUCUUCCUCCUUCCCCCUCUCUUCCUCCUUUUCCUCUUUCCCUCCCUCUUCCCCCCUCCCCCCCUUUCCUUUCUGACAUAACUUGGGUCAUUAAGAUAAAGCAUAGAGGAAUUCUAGAGAUCACCAGGCAGUACAAACUUUAUUGCUACCAAAUUUAGUUCCAUUGCUAAUCAAAAGUAGAAACCAUUGGUUAUUUUUACAAGUGAUUUUGUCUACUGGUUGUCUGAUUUUCUAUUUAAAUUUAUAAAGAGAAAUAGUAAAAAAUUUCUGGUUUAUGUAAUAGAAAUAUGAAUUGUGUGAAAGCACAAAUUUUCACCAAAUUUCUGUGCAGUGUAGCCAUAAUAGUGACUAAAAAAAGGGGAAAAAAAGAUGAAAAACAGCAUGACCAAAAAACUUUGUCACUUUAAAGCAUGGAAUAAAAAAAAUAUAAAUAUAUAUAUAGAGAGAGAGAGAGAGAGAGAAAUGGUAUCUUUCUUUUUUAAGGUACAUAUGUUAAGAGAUAAACCCCUUUGUUUUAUAGAAUGUUAAUGGAUUCAGGAGGAUCCCCUUAAGCACUUAUUAACAACACAUUGUUUAAAAUAAAAUGAAGUACACCUGUAACAAACACAGCCCCUGUGGCUGUGAUACUAGACUUAUUUCCUUUGUUCUUUAGUAGUUCACUCCUGUCCAAUUCUUGGUGACAGUAUGGAUCAUAGCAUGCCAAUAUUGUCCGUGGGGUUUUCUUUGUAAAGAUACUGAAAUGGUUUACCAUUUCCUUCUCCAUUACUAUUUCCUACUGUGAACAAUUCCAAGGGGUGAGAGGUUAUGUAUUAGACACUUAAGUGUUUAAAAUUCAAGCUUGAAGAUCAAAUGUUAAAUUUGAAUGAAAGUAAAAGGAAAAUUCUGAAAUAUUUUUUGGAGAAAAAAAGGUGUAAUGAAAGGUAGAUAAAAUCACUUGGUAUAAAUUUUAUCUUUUGAGCUAAUCAAAGAAAGUUUUUGUACACUGUGCCUUGUAAUUUUGAUCUCUAUAGUUUAAAAUUCAUUCUCUAUAGUUGAAAUUUUCAAGAUAUUGAAUCACCUUGAUUUUGAAAUACUGACCUGAUUGGGGGAGAGGGGGAGUACAGGAAACAAAUGCUCAGGCCAUCUAAUGCCAUUAUUGCCCAUUGAUAAUAUUGAAGCUACAAUACCAAAAUUUAAGUUUCAUACAUCACUGAAAAACGGUGAAAUUCUCUAUUGUGAUUAUGAAUUCUUAGAAUUUGAGAAUUACAAUUUGAGAUCAUUCAGCCUUUUAUAACUAGAGACAUUAGCCCAGAGGUAGUGAAUUUCUUAGUUUAAGACUUGUGGAUUUUAGGUAAAUUAUAGUGAAAGGCACCAUUACAUUUGUCAUCACUUUCUAUUGUAGUAUAAGACAUUUUCAUUGGAGAACUACUCAUGUUUUUGUUUUAAUUAUCUGGUCUGAUUUAUUAAAUUAUAAGUGAUGUAACUAUAAUAGUAUUAUCAAUUAAGUUUUUUUUUUUUUUUAAAUUAAUAUUCAGCAGAAUUUUUCCCCCCCCUGUUUUGGUUGAAUUUUUUCAAUGAGGGUCUAGUUGAGGUGAUUAUUACUAUUUCGUUUUUAAGAUGUAUAGAUGCUCGAGUUAUGUUUUAAAUAUUUUUAAAGAGCUUUCACAUUUGAAGGCAUAAUGUAAUAAUUUCUUUUUCAAAGUUUGGGAGUUAACAUUCCUGUAUUUCAGUUGAAGCUGAAACUGACAAGCUUAACUUUCCCAGUGUUUCCCAGUGUUAAAUAUAACAACUGGAUUUGAAUGACAAAUCAAGGAGUUUAAUUUGAUUUAAAAAAAAAAGCCAAAUCAUUACCUCUUUAUCCUUACUAUAUUAAGAAGUGAUAACUGGAGAUUACGAUGGUAUUACAACAUAAUGUUUUUUGUGUUUUGACCUCAGACGAUAGCUUCCUUCAUAAUAUGUUAGAUUUUAUCACUGAAAAGCCAAAUUAGAAGUGAUUUCAUGGAUAUUAUUGAAUUUGUAGUAGGACUUACAGAAAAUAGCAUAAAUGUGAAAAUGAGCCUCUUUAGGAAGUUGUUGCAUAGUCUCAGAAAAGUCUAGCUCUUUUGAUCUUGGAUACAAUUUAGGCAAGGAUGUUUAAUUGUAUGACUUUAAACUUCUUUGUAAGUUUAAAAUUCAUGUAAUACUGAAAUGUUACCAGUGAAGUUUGCAAGAGAUUUCCAUCUUGAGGCAUCAUUGUUGGGAUCCAUUUUGAGUUUGCUAAGCCUCACGUUCCAAGAUGUAGUUAUAGUUUGAUUGCUAGAAAGAACUUUCCCUCAAAAUUUGAGUUCGUCAAAGAUUUGUUGUUAUACUUUUAUAGCUUUAAAAAUCCUUCUAAUCCUAUGGCAGAUAGGAAGAUAUUCCAGAUGUGAUUAUGCAUGUGUUAUGUAUGUUGAAGAAGUCUAGUGCAGCAGGAAUAUAGUAGUUGCUUUUCCUGUUGCUUCUGUAAAACAAAGUAUUUGCUUUAUUAUAAAUUUACCACCGUAGAUGUGUAUUUAUAUGUAUUUCAAAAACUUUAAAAUUACUUAAAUGGAUUAUUUAAAAUUAUCAAAAGAUGCUUUUGUUGAAUGGAUCUGUACCAAACUUCUUGAGCUAAAAGAUUAUUUCAAAGAUGAACUUUAAGGUUCCUUAAAUUAAUGGGGAAGUCCAUAUGAGAUGUAAAAAGUUUUUCUGAUCUUCCUUUUAAGAAAUUUGGAAAUUAAAAGAAGUCUGUAUGUGAGAAACAACUAUUUUGGAAAUAGUUCCACUAUUUCCACUAUUAUGUCUGAUAAGCCAUGUAACUAAUGAAUGAUUAGCAAUAUCUGACUAAUCAAUGAGGGAGAAGAAAAGAAAUAAAUUUUUUUUUUGUGUGAAGAGUCUUAAAUUUAGGAAUCAAAUCAUAGCUAAGAUUGAAAACUACAGUAGGAGAGUUUUUUAAAAUCAAAAAUAAACAAUGUGUAGUUUGCUUAUCUGUUUUCCUAGAUGAUGGAGAUUCCUUAGAAAUAGUAGAUACUACCUACAGUUAAAAUAGCUUUUAUAGGUGUAAUUGAAAUUUGAUUCCUCAAGAGUGUUAUUUAGAUUGUUUAGUUUCAAAAUGUCUUAAGCAUGUGAAGUGUAUUUAUAAAUCUUGAUUAAAGCCUCUUAACUAAA